AUGGUGCAUCUUGGGCGGCGCGCCGGCGAAGAGGAAGACGCGCCUCCCAUCGCGGAUCACCGGGACGAGGACAACGACGACAUGUCUGAUUCUGACCCCGAGAGGGGACGCCUGCUUCAUGAUGACGACGAUGAUGGUGUUGAUACUGAGAGCCGCUCGGACGCUGAGCGGCUUGAGAGCUGGCAUGAUGAGCACCGACGUCGUGAGACGAGACGAUGGAGCUACCUCGUCAUGGUCAUCAGCACCAUCGCAUUGAUCACAGUUCUCGGCUUUUGGGUCCAGAAUGGAACCCGACCGGCUGGGUGUGAGUAUGACGGGAGCUGUAAUGACAUCUCUCGGCUCUGGGGACAGUACUCUGCAUACUUCUCAAUCCCGUCCGAGCUUGAUGUUUCAACCCCAGACGACUGUGAUGUGACGUUUGCCCUCGUCUUGUCCCGUCAUGGAGCCAGAUACCCGACGGACAGCAAGUCUGCAGCAUACAACGCGACUAUUGCCCGCAUUCAAAAGUCUGCCACUAUGUAUGGCAAGAACUACAAGUGGCUCAAGGAAUACACCUACAGCCUGGGUGCUGAAGACCUGACUGAGUUUGGCCAGCAACAGAUGGUCGACUCUGGCAGGGCCUUUUAUGAGCGGUACAUGAGUCUCGCUGAGAAGACGGAGCCUUUUGUCCGGGCAUCAGGCUCGGAUCGGGUCAUCAUGUCGUCUUACAACUUUACACAGGGAUUUUACGCAUCGCGAGGAGAGUCUGGAGGUGAUUAUACUCAGGAUGUUCUUAUCAUCCCUGAAGAACCUGGCAUCAACAACACCAUGUCGCAUGGAUCGUGUGCUUCAUUCGAAAGCGAUAGAGUUCCUAAAGACGCAGACGAAAAGGCCGAAGUUGCAUGGGGAGCGAGAUUCCUCCCCGAGAUUCGAAACAGGUUGAAUCACCAUCUACCAGGAGUCAACCUGACGCUGGAGGAAACCAUCUACAUGAUGGACAUGUGUCCGUUCCACGCGGCCAACACUCCCGACGGUGCUGGUCACUCGAGGUUCUGCGACCUCUUCACCAAGGCAGACUGGCGAAGUUACGACUACUACAUGACUCUGAGCAAGUUCUACAAGUUUGGCAAUGGCGAUGCCAUGGGGCCGACACAAGGUGUUGGAUAUGUCAACGAACUCAUCUCACGCUUGACAGGACAGCCUGUUGACGACCACACCACGACCAACAGCACAUUGGACUCAUCACCAAAGACGUUCCCUCUUGACCGGGCCCUAUACGCAGAUUUUAGCCACGACAACAGCAUGGUCUCCAUCUUCUCGGCACUGGGGUUGUACAACUCAACUGCCCUGCUGCCAAAGGACCACAUUGUGCCCGCGAUCAAGGCACAUGGCUACUCAUCGACAUGGGUAGUCCCCUUUGGAGCCAGAAUGUACGUCGAGAAGCUCGAGUGCGGCGCCAGCAGGAAUGAAAAGAGGGACGAGUACGUACGAGUGCUUGUCAACGACCGAGUGAUGUCGCUAGAGACCUGCGGAGGCGACGAGUACGGGCUCUGCAGACUAGAAGACUUUGUGGAGAGCCUCUCGUUUGCCGCCUCGGGAGGAAACUGGGAUCGAUGCGGUCUGUCUGUCAGCGGGCUUGAAGCUUGUAUCCCCCCUCCCCUCCAUUCAAAGUCCGAGAGUUUCGUAAUUGAUGCGAGCAGAGUUGAAGCUUUUCCCGACUAUCGCCGCUCGUCGGACAAGAUGGUGUCGACGGCUGGAGGCAUCGUAAUUGCCAUCUUUGUGCUGCUUAUUGCAGCUGCUGUCGGAUGGGUCGUCUUUACACAGCUGCGCGCCCGCAGACUUGGGCUUCCUCCCCCGAGCCUCAAGUCAUACUUACCAUGGCAUAAAGAGGAAAGUCCGUAUGGGCCGCCGCGGCCUGCGCCCGGCGGCAUCGUCGGCUGGUUCAACGACCAGGUCCGCAAGUUCAAGAACCGCAACAACCGGUCCGCCGCCGGCGCCUACGAGCAGAACAUCGGCGGCGGUGCGCCCCGCGGACGUCGUGGGUUCGGACCCCUCGAUCCCGACGAGGCCUGGGAUUCGCGCGUCGGCCAUGAAGCGGAUGCGUACGGAUACUACGAGGAGGAUAUUGGCGGUCGGAACCGGGAUACCGGGUACGGCGGAAGCAGUGGUGGAGGCUACAACAUGAACCUCGCGGCUACGCCGGGGCUUUCGGGAGGACGAUUCGACGAGGAGGAGGACCGAGGCCGAAGAGCGAGCAGGAGCCCUGCGUCCGGACCUGGUGGGCGAAACCCCUUUGACGACGAUGCUGGCUCGAGCCUGCGAGGAGUCAGCCCGCGACCGAUCGACACGGGUGUUCCGUCGGCGAAGCCUAAGAACAGGAGCGGUAGCGCAGACAGCAGCCCGACAGAGCGGAGGUCUGUGUUUAGGGAGGAGGUGUAA